AAGCACCACAAACUUGGGCUGAUAGUCCAUCUCGUCUCACGCCGCUGCUUUCAAGUUUCUUUCACAUCCAGGAGUUCAUUUUGACUUUUUUACUCCAUCCUCUCCUGACAGCUCAGUUAUUUAAUGGAUUUUUUCCAAAGGUGAAAGAAGUGUGAAAACAUACAGAUAUCUUCAGCAAAUUGAACAGAAGUCUGAGUCAAACUCAAGGAUAAUUUGUGUAACGCAACUAUGUCCAGAAGGAAGGUGAGGGGGCUCACUAAAACCGGGCGCCAGGUGAGUGAAGACCCGGACCUUGACAAUUUACUGUCGAACCUGUCGCCCGAAGAAAUGGAGGAGUUGCAGAAAGAGGUUUCGGUCGUUCCAGACCCAGAUCCGAGUGAAAUAGUCACUGUAGACCAAACAGAUUUAAAACCAACCGCACCUGUUAAAAAGGAUUCUCAUUUGGGCAGCCAGGCUGAUGAUUUCAGAAGCUGCUUUCAGAGAAACCUGUCCACCGAGGGAGAGCCCAAGAAGGAGAGUCGGAAACAAGAGUACCUGCGUAAAAUGGGCCUAAGCCAAGAGAAAAAUAUCUCCUGGUCUGACAGCAGAGAUGGAGGACUUCAGAGACAAAGCAGCAUUACCACCUCCUCUUCCUGCCCGAAAAGUGACAGCAGAAUGGAAGACAGGAACCGCACGCUCACAGAGGGAUCUAAAGAUGGCAAAGUCGGCCCAUCUCCCUUUUCAAAAAAGGACGAGGAGAGUGAGAGGAAAGGAGAGGUGCAGGAAAAAGAACAAAAUGAUUGGAGUAAACUCAAGGAUAGAAAAGAGGCAAGGAAAAGUAGCAGCAGCAGCAAAACCAAAGAAUUAAUAUCCAAGCUUCAAGAUAAAAAGGAGGAUAGUAAAGAGAAAAACAGAAAAGAAGACAGUCGGAAAAGUCAGUCUGGAGAAAGCAGAACAAAGGAGAUGAUCUCUAGGAUAUGGGAGAAAGAGGAGAAGGACAGGGAGAGAAAGGAAGAGAUUAGGAAGAGAGAGGAGAACAAGACAAAAAGCUAUACUUCCAGGUUAGAGGAAAAGCAAAAUCAGGCUGUAGAAAACAAGACAGAGGACAAUAAGUUGAAAGAAGAGAAGGAGGAUGAGGAUGUAAAACAAGUAAUAAAGUCAAAUGAAAGGGGGAAAGAGGGCACAGAGCAGGAAAAGGCACAAAGGAGUGGAGAAAACAUGAAGAUGAAGGGAGGAGGGGAUGUUCAGGAACACAAUGAGGUCGCAAAUGAGGUUCAUGAAUCCAUCGAGGAGAAGAUUGGAAACUGCAUAUCAGACAGCGUUUCAAAAAGUAAGAGCGAAGAGGAGGAAGAGUCAGCAAGCAUGUUCGAUGAAGAAUUGGAGAGAGUUUGCCGCAAUGAUCCGGAGAUGACUGAACUUAAUUUAAACAACUCUGAGGUCAUAAAAACCAAAACGCUAGUUCAGUUUGCUGAGGCCUUGAAAAAUAACACAUACAUCAAAACGUUUUCUUUGGCUAACUGCCGUGCCGAUGACCAUGUGGCUUAUGCCAUUGCCGAGACCUUACGCAGUAACAAAAGCAUCACAAGCAUCAAUAUGGACUCCAAUCUUCUUACUAGCAAAGGCAUCAUGGCUCUAAUCUACGCCCUCCAGCACAACUCCACUCUUACUGAGCUACGCUUCCACAACCAGCGGCACAUCUGUGGAGGUAAGUCUGAGAUGGAGAUGACCAAAGUUUUGAAAGAGAACACUACUCUUCUGAAACUAGGCUACCAUUUUGAGCUAGCUGGCCCUCGUAUGACCAUGACCAAUAUUCUCAGUCGCAACAUGGACCGCCAACGGCAAAAGCGGCUGCAGGAACAGAAGCAGGCUCAAGCCCAAGGCACUGGAGACAAGAAAUAUUCAUUAGAAGUUCCAAAAACUGGCUUUGGUAAAGGCUCUCCCAGAGCCUCUCCCAAGCCAUCUCCUCAACCAUCACCUGCCCCAUCCCCUAAGUUGACACAUAAGAAAUGGGGCAGUGGAACUGGUGGUGGACCACCUCCCCCACCACCACCAGGAGGUCCCCCACCACCUCCACCUCCAAUGCUAGAUGGAGAAUUCUUGAAGAACUCACUGACACCUAUAUCAAAGAGGAAGCUUGAAGAUAGGACUGGAGGAAGAGGAGGAAUGCAAAACUCAAGGGAUCAACUUCUAGCAUCCAUUCGGGGCAGCAAUAUCAAACAGCUCAAAAAGGUUGCAGUACCUAAGCUUUUGCAAUAAGCAGGCAGUGCAGAGAGAGAUUAAUGUGGCUGAAGGAAAAGGACAGGAAUUAAAGGACAGACAUCUCACAGACCUUGAGAAGAUCAACGCUCAGAAUCUUCCAGACAGAGUCUUACUGCUGCCCUAUUGUAUGAAAGACGGGCAAGGACUCGUAUAUGGUGAUCUUCCAUUGAAUGCGCAGCUUCUGCCCAGGAGUCUUUGUACAAAAUACACUGGACUGUAGAAAAGAAUGGAAGCAUGGUGCAGUCAAGGAUGCUCAGAGGCUUAAAUGGCCUGUGGUACUGCAGAGUUGAUUCCUUGCUCGUCAUUUGCACUAAAUGAAUCAUUUCAAAUGAUAGAUUUGUGUGUGUGUGUGUGUGUGUGUGUGUGUGUGUGUUUGGAACAGUUUAAAUGUGGAGAAGAUGUUUGUUUGCUUUGUUUCUGCAGCUGAAUUGGAUCUUCUCACUGCUGACUGCAUUUACUAAUGUGAGAAAAAAAACAAUCUCCUGGAUUUUAUCUUGUUAUUUUGGGUUUGGGAAUCUCUAUAUCGAAAGCAUUUGCUGAUCAGGGAAUAAAGAGGGAAUUCUAAUUUAAAAAACCCCAAAUUAUAUAAAUAAAAGUAUUGUAAAGCAGAGAUUAUUUUAUUCCUUAUAUCUUGAAAGGGUGUGUCUUUAUGAAAGAGAACAGGAUGUUUACGAAUUAUAGUACUUAGGGGAAAGGGCUGGAUGUUCGUGCAUAAACAUACAAUAUUUAUUUUAAACUUUAAUCUUGAAAAAAAGUUUUCCUUUAAACAUUUUCAACAACAAUAUUUUUAUGUAAUUAAGUUUUACCUUUGACUGAGAACAGAAGUAAUCUCUGCACCAAUAGUUUAAUGCACCUCACAUUCUUCGAAGACAAUUCAGUAAAUUUUCAUGCUUGUAUAAAUACAAUCUCUUUUUUUUUUCACAGCUAGUGAAACUUUCAACAGACUAUUAUGCUUAAUGAAAAUAAGCAGUAUCAAGCAAAAUGUAAACGGGGGGCAUCUUGAUCUUUAGGGUGGGCAACAGGUUGUACUUGAUUGUGUUUUGACGCCUGGCCCCAAGUAUAAUCUUCUGAUAAGUGGCAGAUGCUUGUAUUGCAAACUCUUAGAUUACUAGUUGGAUAUAAGCACCAUGCUUCACUAGAGCCAGUUGCUCAACGGUCUGAGUCCUUUUGAAAUGGACUUCUCCUUCGGAGUCUGAAAGUUGAUUGGAAUCAAAGCAAGUUUGUAGUUUGUUUAUAUUUUGAUUGCCUCUGACUAACCAUCUGCACUCGUGAAAUUUCUAUAUUUGGUCAUUUCUCGAUGCAGGCUCAUUCUUUCCCCCUUUCUAAUAAUGGGAACAUAGCCAACAGGCUGUCUGACUUAGAGCAAUGGCUCUAGCGAACAUAAGGCAGGAGAGAGAGAGAGAGAGAGAGAGAAAGACAGACAUUUUAUGUGUUUUAAGCAACAGCUUAUGUAAUGUAUGUAGAACCUAGGUUCACUAGGAUGUAGAUCUCAUUAUUGAUUAGACGAUGUGUAAAGUACACUGUAAAAUCAAAUUAGUUGACAUAAGAUUUUUAAGGCAAUCGGUUUGCAUGCUUUUUCUAAGUUAACAUACUUAUUUGGCUCAAGUACAAUAAACUUAAGUUCAGUUAACAAGUAAACUUAAAGAUACACUCAGCAAUUUUUUCCCCAUUAAAAAAGUUUUACUCCUAAAGAAAUAAAUUGUAAUUUUCAAAUAUGUAAAAAAUCAUGACCGCUCACAUGAGAUGAGGACUCUAGUCAUACCAGUAACCUUAUAAAAGCUGUUUUAUUCUACAUGGGGGAGGGGCGCCCUCAUGGGGGCUGCCAUUUUAGAAUCACAUGACCAGCUGAAUACUACUCGCUUAAUCUCAGUAACCGUCUUGUCAUUGGACACUAUCACUCUUGGAUUAAAUUACUCAUGGCUGAUUGUGAAUAGUGAAUUUCUACAAUGGCAUCUGUAACUGAAAACUAUUGAUUUUGAAUGAUGCUGCUUCCACACCACUAGGUGUCACUGUAAGUCCAAAAUGACACGAGAAAAAGUUACCGAGUGCACCUUUAACUCAUGUGGUUAAAGUAUAAUUAUUUUAAUGUAAUUAUUUAAAUUGAGUUAUAGCACGUCUUAUACAUAUAGCACAUUGGAUUCUCAGUACUUCUGAGUGCACAUAAAUUAGCAGUUUUGGUAAGAACAGUUGAGUACAGAAAAAUGGAGACACAUUAUCAGCUAACUACAACAAAACAACAACAAUAGACAUAAGAAUUCAAACUAUAUACAUUUUUAUAACAAUUAUAAUAUUUCUCCAUAAGUUCCUUUGACUUGACCAAACAUAGGCUAUAUAAUUGAUUCCAUGUGUAACAUUUCAAGUCCUGUUUAUUUAGGACCACUUGAUUGUUUUUUAGUAAUGACAACUUUAGGGUUUAGAGAGUAACAGUAACUUUAUUAAAACUAGUAGUAAGAAUAGUAAAAAAAAAAAAUCUUAAGUUGAGUCAACAAUUUAGAUUUUAUUUAAGUUAAUCAUUAGUGUUUACAUUGUAGCUACUUUUAAACAACUAUAAUACAGUGUCAACGUUUAACAGUUUCAGGUAAUAGAAGAAUCAGGAUCAGAAUGAGAUUUAUUGCCAAGUAUGUUUACACAUACAAGGAAUUUGUCUUGGUGACAGAAGUUUCCAGUGCACAAACAAUACAGCAACAAGACAGAGAUAAUAAUAAUAAUAAUAAUAAUAAUAGAAUAAAAAUAAAAAGUGAAUAGAAAAUAUAAGUUUAUAUAGAAAUACACAAUAAGACUAAUAUAUAUAUAUAUAUAUAUAUAUAUAUAUAUAUAUAUAUAUAUAUAUAUGUACAAUAUACAAAU